ACGCCACCUUUUCACCCCACCCCUGCUGCCCAUGGAUCAUGCAGGCCUCUGCCAAUUUCCAGACAGUCUACUGAGGAAGGAAGUGAUCCCUCCAGUGUCUUGAGAGCUAUUGUGAUUGACGGCAGCAAUGUUGCUAUGAGGCAAGCAUCUUUUUCAUUUUGUUAUCUCGGUGACUUCUCUGUUUCUUAAGCUUGCCCUGUGGUGCAAGCCAAACCUUGUCCGUAGAUAAGAUGGGACACCUGAGGUAUGGGAAAUGCGCUAUGGGGUUCAGAGGAGCAUCACCCCCAUUUCCAAGUGAACCGAAUAACUGAUUUGCAUCAUGUUUGGAGCGAUGAGAGUGAGGUGAUCUGAAAGCUCUUCUCUUGGGGUGGUUGAUCAAUGAUGGCACAUUCAUACAAGCAUGUGUCAUCAAGCAAGUGAUAAGCAUGCUUGUGUGAACUAUCCCAUUUGCCUCAUUUCCCCAAACUGGCAUGCCUCUCAUCUCUCUCAUCCCUUUAAAGUAAGCCAUGCAGAAGUUUGCACAUGAGGAAGUUGCGCUGUGCCGCUGACUGCUUUGAUGCAAAAUUAUGUUCUCCAAAAGGAGAUAAGAGUUAUUUGUUAUGGUAACAGGCCUCUAUACAAACGGCCGACUUCCUGAUGAUAAAGCCAGAGGUUGGUUGGUGGUGACAGGGAAUAUAGCUGCAAGAGCUUACAUUUAAGGGGAAAUGUGAAGAGAGGGACAAACAGACUGGCUUGGCUGUGUCUGCCUAUUAAGCACAUAUACAACCAAUCUCUUUAGCAUGCUAGAAUUCUAUUUCCCAAACAGGAACUCCCGAAGAGGUAUCUCUCUUCUACAGACUUAAUUUACAGCAUAAUCCUAAACAUGUCUACUCAGAAGUCAAUCCUUCUGAAUUCAGUGCAGACUAGCAGGGCUAGGCUUGCAACCUUAGUUCAACAAUGAUGCCAUUUCCCCAAGGCUCCUAGGAAUUGCAGUUCUGUAAAGUGGACUGGGGAUUCCUAACAAAGAAUCCUCAACAUCUGCUCCAAACUACAAUCUCCAUGAUUCUUUUGAGAAAGCAUGGCAGCAUAAUUGGCAUAUAAUGGAUAUUAAUUUCAUUUUUUAUGGCUAAGUAUUCCUUUUCUCCUUAAUUGUGCAGAUUUUGGCGGUGUCUGCACAUCAUAGUAGACCAUAAACCAUGGUUUACUGAUCAUGAGCCACUUUGCUCCUUCCCGUUUUGCUGGAUUCAUGAUACUAUAGCACAUGAACUGGGCCACUGUGACCUUCUGUUUCAGCUACCAACAACCUGCCCCUCUAGUAUCACUGCUAGAGCCACAAACUCCAUUACUGGCUUCCCACUAUUGACACUUUCCAUUUUGACUUGCCUUUAUAUAUAUAUAUCUUCUGAUGGCUGUUAAAUGAUGAAAUAUCCAGGGACAGGAAGCCCUAAAGCAGUUAGUGCCCUCCAAAUAUUUUGGACUAGGUUGGAUACUGUUGCCCUAAACUAAAUUAAACUUCUUUGUUUUCAUACUCAACAGGCUGCUGAAAGAUUAAACAAAUGCCAAUAAAAUCAAUGACUCACCUCUUUUUAUCCUGGUAAACAAGUGCAAGGUUUCUUUCUCUUGUGGGUGGAGUUCUGUUUCAGAUAAACUCAAAGACCUGCAUAUGAGAGUCAAUGAUGUUAGAAUUGUUCAUAUAGGUAGGCAAGGGAAACAACCUAGGGCAACAAUCCUGGGGGUGGGAACUCUAUGAUCAUGCAGAAUCUCGUUGAUAGAGAGGUAAUAAGGAUGCUGGCUUAGAUUAGCUUUUAAGUUUGGUGGUCAUAAAGUCCAGUGCACCUGGCCUGGGAGAGCAUGGCCCUGACUGAAUCCAGUGAAAAAAGCAACUGAACAGAUUCUUGGGCUGUGGCAUUGUUUAGGGUGUUUGGUUGGAAUUUUUGUUGUUGUUGUUAUAGAUGUUAAUUUUUGCUUUUGUUUUUAGAUCUCAUUAUGAUUUAUGUGGGAAAUUGGUCAAUUUGGUUGUACACUUUUUGAUGUGUUGUUUAUUGUUUAUGAAUUUUUGUUAUGUUUCUAAUUAUGUAAAUCUUGUCAUGUUGUCAGCCACCUUGAGCAUCAUUUUAACUAUGGAAAGGCAUCACACAAAUUAAGUGAUGAUGGUAGAGGCUGAAGUAAAAUUACUUUAGAAAUUUCAUUCAUCCCUAUACAACUUGGUUCCAUGCCUUGCCUAUUUAAUAUCCUUGCCUAUUUAAUUUCCUCCAUCUACAUAUAUUUCUGAGCUGAUUUGCCAUGAUAAAGAAUCAAGCUCUGACUCAUCAUUCCCCAAGGUGACUUCUGAACAGCAGGGGCAUAGAAGGGAAGGAAACAGUCAGCAAUAGUAGCUGCCUCUGCCCUCACAUUUUCAUGAGAAUAUCAAUGAUACAAAAUACUAGAACACAUGUAAACUGAGCAGAUAUCAUAGGCAGUAACUGUCGAAAAGCAGCAAGACUUUCUGACCCUAAAACAGGCAUCCCCAAACUUCGGCCCUCCAGAUGUUUUGGACUACAAUUCCCAUCUUCCCCGACCACUGGUCCUGUUAGCUAGGGAUCAUGGGAGUUGUAGGCCAAAACAUCUGGAGGGCCGCAGUUUGGAGAUACCUGCCCUAAAACAUACUUCCUUUCUCUCAGUCUCUCUCUUUCUCUGUCUUUUCUUUUUUUUCUUCCAGUCAUGGAAAUAAGGAAGUGUUUUCAUGCUUGGGAAUUCAGCUGGUGGUGGACUGGUUCAAACACAGAGGUCAUCAAUAUAUCAAAGUCUUUGUCCCAUCAUGGAGAAAGGAAGCAAGCCGAUUUGAUAACCCCAUUACAGCAUGUUCUUGAAAAACUUGCAAAGCAAGCAAUUCUUGUGUACACACCAUCCCGCAGAAUGAAAGGCAAAAGGAUGGUAUGCUAUGAUGAUCGGUACAUAGUUAAACUGGCGUAUGAGCAAGAUGGGAUCAUUGUUUCUAAUGAUAACUUUCGGGACCUGCAGAAUGAAAAUCCUGAGUGGAAAUGGUUCAUUGAACAGAGACUACUGAUGUACUCCUUUGUCAAUGACAAAUUUAUGCCUCCUGAUGAUCCCUUAGGCCGGCAUGGACCCUCUCUUGACAGCUUUCUCAGCAAAAUGCCACAGAUUCCUGAGCCAAAAUGGCAGCUCUGCCCUUAUGGCAAAAAAUGCACAUAUGGCAUCAAGUGCAAAUAUUACCACCCAGAAAGACUGACUUGGGACCAUCGCUCUGUAGCUGAUGAGCUCCGAGCUAAGACAAAGACCAACUCACUUGCUCAGAGGACGGAGGAAGAGAAGACAAGAGCAAACCCAGUAAAGAACAGAGGUGGGAAUACCGGUACAUCACAUUUACCUGGUCCCACCAGUGGUAGUGUUACUAGCAGGAGCAGCUCAGCACACAGCUUGGCAACAUUUCACAGUAAUCCCCAACGGUGGGAAGGAGAAGGCAACAGGGAUGCAGCAAGUGACUGGACAAACAUACAUCAAGAUAACUGGCAGCCUGAAUCAACUGAAUUACAACAAGAUCAGGCAGGGGCCAUGUCAAAGCAACUGACUGCAUUGUCCCUCAGUGCCAGCAAAUACUCUGGAAAUACUCUUGCUGGACCUGGUAAAUAUGAAGACAUAGUGGGUGACCCACGUAAGGAUCACUAUCUCAAAUACAACCAGACUUCAUCUCUGUCUCCUCACAGUCUGUGCUGGGAUUGCCCUUGCUUACAAAUAUGUAAUUUUCAAGGAUGUUACAGAAUGCAAACAACAGCAGUGUCAGUCCUGACCUCACAAACACCUUCUAGUUUGCUAAGGGAUGGCUUGAAGGCCCAACAUGAAGGACAACAUGGCUCUAUGGUUUCUUUGGCUGAGUCGUUUUCAGGCUGCAAGGAUGGAGAUAUGAAAUAUCCUGGAAAUCUGCAGACCAAAUCUUACAACCCAUUAUUUUUUACGGAUUCCAGCUCAUUCCACGCACUAGACCAUUACAUACAUUCUUCUGGUACUGAGGCCCAGCAGAAUUUGACUCUGCAGUCACUUCCUAGAGAGCAAGCAAAUGUCCAGCAAGCACAGUACUUUGGUUUCCCAUAUAAUGUGGCAGAGCAAACUGGGUCCUCCUCCUACACCGAUAUUGUAGAUGCGACACACUUAAUGCCAUUCGUUCAAUGGCAUGGGACCCUACAUGGCAGAUCUCCUAACAGAAAACCAUGGUAAGGAGAAAGAGAGGAGUUGGUAAUGCCCUAUUCAAAGACUCCAGUAUUCACCUUCAUGCUCAACCUGAACAAUUCUCAGUGGAAAGUAGUAUUUAUAUGCUGGCCUUGAGAUUUGUUUGUAUUCUACUUCCCCUACCUUCCUCACAAUUUCUCUUCUGCCAUCAUUGCAAGCAACAUCCUGACCUUCACUCCCUCAAGCCAGUUUGUGUUCUCCUUUCCAGAGACUACUCACAUGCCACACUUCCCAAAAAGCUUUUCCUAGAUCAGUGUUCUUCAACCAUGGAUCCCUAGACUACAACUCCCAACAUCCUUGACCAUUGGCAAAACUGGCUGGGGAUGUUUUGAGUUGUAAACCAAUAACAUCCAGAGACUUAAAGUUGAAGAACACUGUUCUAGAUCACCACCACAACCUCCUCUGUUACAAUCUGUUUAAUUCCAGUUAACCCCUUCUCCACAAACAAAUCCAUCUUUAGCAAAUCCAUCUUUCAGCUUUUUCUUAUCUGUGUCCGAGGUCUGUGUAGAGCUUAUCCUUACCAAGGUUAUACUGGUGUUACAUUAGUGUGAUAUAAAGAUGUGGAUGAAAAAUAUAUACAGCUAAAUAUUUGAGGAUGUGUUGUUGGGCAAUGCUGAUAGGGAUGCAGGCCCAUACGCGGGG